AUGAGUUCGCUGCCCGAAAGAACUCCUUCGCUGUCGAGAACUCCGUCACCGCCUGGAAUUCCUUCGCCGUCAAGAACUCCUUCACCGCCUGGAACUCUUUCGCCAUCAAGAACUCCCUUGCCUCCCAGAACUCCUUCAUCGCCCGGAACUCCUCCGUCAGACCCAUCUAGCCCCGAUGCCUGGCGAUUCGAGGAUACAUACGGAGACCACGAGUGGGUCGAACUGUAUCGUCCACAAGGUUAUCACCCUGUCAACAUCGGUGACACGUUCCAUGAUGGUCGAUACAGGGCGAUCCGCAAGCUUGGGGAAGGCUCAUUCUCUACCGUGUGGUUGGUCUCUCUAUACAUAUCUGACUCAAAGUCUAGCGGACCCAAAUAUGCUGCCAUGAAGAUUAUUUCCGCCAGAACUUCUGCAGCGAGUACUGAGAUUACUAUUUUGAAGCACUUGUCGACCUCACCAGAAGACCCAGGUUCUCAGCACAUCCUAAAUCUUCUCGACAGUUUCCAGCAUGAAGGGCCAAAUGGUAUGCAUCUAUGUCUUGUCUUCGAGCUCAUGGCUGCCAUGGAGGAGCAAGAUCUCAAGCAAAACGAAGCGAAGACAGCAGUACCUGUGAAUAGAGUUGAUGGCAAAGCAGAUAAAUGGGCGCCUCUAAACGUUUAUCUGAGAGAAACGCUACAUGAAUAUGCCAAGCUUGGCGCAGAUCUUUGCAUCAAGUUGUCGGACUUUGGAGUUGCGUUCUUCGACUCCGACCCGCCAGCAUCCGCAACAACACCCAUCGGUCUCCGUGCUCCCGAGCUAAUACUCAAGAGAGACUUCAAUAAUAAGAUCGAUGCCUGGUCUUUCGGCUGCUUGAUGUACGAGGUUCUCGCUUCUGAACCGCUGUUCGCACUCAUGGGCACUGGCUCUGACGAGGACAUAGCGGACGACGAUCACUUCGUCCAGCUCCACGAGAUAAUAAGGCCGCUGCCAGAAUCCAUUAUGCGGGACUGGAAGGGCGCGAGCAAGUGGUACGGUCCAGACGGCGAGUGCCUGUCUCCCCAUGGCAGUUCCAAGCCGUAUUCGACGCUGGAAGAACGCUUUGCGAAACGCAAGCAUCCUGAUAUUGGAGAUGAUGAGGCUGCCACCAUCUGUCAGAUCAUAAGGGAAGCUCUGGCGUACGAUCCGGCGGAGAGGCCUACGGUGGAGGAUUUGCUCGGACACGCUUGGUUUUCGGAAUGA